UAUAUUUGCUUGGUGUGCAGAUCUGCUUUCCGCCAUGGAUGCCAUCUCGAUGGACGUGCGGAUCCUGCAGUCGAUUCCCACCCCAGUGGCGGACGCCUUGAUCGCCAAAGGCUGCCGCCAAGCCGCUGGGGUCCUUGCGCGCCCUGAGGCCCUGAAAGAGGUCCUGGCGCAGCAUCACGUGACGCCGCUGGAACAGCGGGCGGAGGCAAUGCUGAAGCAGUGCCACCAGGAGGUGACCCAACCAGCAGCCUGGCGUCGUGCCGACAGCGCCUUGUCCUUGCUGCGCAAAAGCCAAGCUCGACGGCCGAGGGCCACACUGCCUUGCCGAGGCCUUGACCAGCUCUUGGGCAACGCCUUGUGUGGUGGUGGUGCCCUUCUGGAGGUCUGUGGCCUGCCGGGCAGCGGCAAGACGCAAUUCUGCUUGCAGUUGUGUGCCGCGGUGCAGAUCCCUUUGGACCCCAAUGCACGCUUGGCAGAGGCCGUCUUUGUGGAUACGGAGGGCUCCUUUGUGCCAGAGAGAUAUUUGCAGAUGUGUGAAGCCCUGUUGGCCGAACGGAGGCCACACUUGGAUCCACCGGCCGCUGCCAAACAGCUUGAGACGGUGAUGCGACAACUUCAUGUUUGCCGUGCCUACGAUGCCACCGAGCUCUACGCGACCAUCAAGCAGUUGCCCAGCUUUCUCAAGGGAAGACCCUUGGUUGGAGCCAUCGUGGUUGACUCCAUCGCCUUCAGCUUCCGCCAUGAGUUGAUGGAGAACACGGCUCAACGUUUCUUUGUCCCAGCGGAUCGUGGUUUCCAUGUCUUCAGAUGUUUGGAGGCCGAGGUCCUGGCGGACUUAGCCGCCUCCUUACGACAGCUGGGCGCCCACCACGAACUCCUGGCCGUGGUGACCAAUCACAUGACCACCAGGUUUGGAGAAGACCAGUCUUGGCUAGCACCGGCACUGGGUGAGAGCUGGGCUCAUCAGCCGAGCUGCCAGCUACGUCUGGAGAAGACGGACUGGGCAUCACCCGGGCUGGGACGUGCCACCUUGACGAAGUCGGUCUUGAAGGCCAACAACUCCUGCGCCUAUCGCAUCCUGCCAGCUGGCUUGAGGGAUGAGGUUCCACGGAUUUUACCUGCUCAGUCUCCGGACUUUGGGUCUGCCCGGCCUCAAGGGCCCCCCUCUCACGGCUGCUGCGGUGCUUGGAGCAGCUGAUCUUCUGGAUCACACGGAGCUCCAGCGGCCCAAUGGGGAGCUUGGGCUUGGAUCGCUGGGCUUGCCACCGAGAGGUCGCGACGUGGCAGCGACAUGCAGCAAUCGAUCUGUUGGGGGAUGCAGAUCGAUGAACAAGAGAAAAGACCAGUUCAGCGCAGGGUGAAGGGUGUUUUUUCAUUGGGUUUGGAUGCGUCAG